AUGAUGCUAUCUAUCUAUCUAUCUAUCUAUCUAUCUAUCUAUCUAUCUAUCUAUCUAUCUAUCUAUCUAUUUCAAUUUAAUCCUCUCUAUCUCAAACAAUAUCUAUCUAUCCAUCUAAUAAAAUAUAUGGUAAGUGGACAUUUAACUAAUCUAUCUAUCUAUCUAUCUAUCUAUCUAUCUAUCUAUCUAUCUAUCUAUCUAUUUCAAUCUAUUAAUUUCACGUUGCUUCACUUCUCUCUCUCUUUUCUCUUUCUUGUCUUUCUCUCCCUCACUCUCUCUUGUCUUUCACUCUUGCUCUUAUCUAUUUUAUCUUAUCUUCCUCUCUCUCUCUCUCUCUCUCUCUCUCUCUCAUUCUCGCUUAUUUUUCUCUCACUUAUUUUUCUCUCUCUUGCUCUCACUCAUUUUUCUUGCUCUCUCUUAUCAUUGCUUUCUUAUCAUUCUCUCACAUCUUCCCCUCAUUUAUCUUUCCCUUAUCUCUCUCUCUCUUAUCUUUCCCUCUCUUAUUUUUCUCUCUUUCUUAUCAAUCUCUCUAUUACUCUCUCUUAUCUUCCUCUCUCUCUUAUUUUACUCUCGCUUAUCUUUCUCUUUCUUGCUCUCUCUUAUCUUUCUCUCUCUCUCUUAUCUUUCUCUCUCUCUCUUAUCUUUUUCUCUCUCUUUUACUCUAAUUAG